AACAAAAAAAAUCACACAAGAACAAACAAUUAGAAACAAUGGGAAACGUUUUUGAUAAGAUUCCUAUUGAAGACAUUCAGUCAGGAGUUACUGGAGCCAUCAAUGCUAUUACAACAGGUACUCACCCAAGUACUACAGACGAAACUACGUACAAUUCUGUGAAAAAGUGGAUUAAAGAUUGUGAUGAAAAAACCUGCAAGCUAUUCCACGAUUCUUUUGCAAUGCCAACUGAUGCAAGUGGUGCUAUCAUUUAUAAGAAAGCUGUCGUUUUCACCAAGUCAAUUGAUGUCAAUUUGACAGAUCUCUUGGUAGAUUUGUUAGAAUUAUUCAACAGUAAGAGUUAUCAAGCUCUUGCCAUUUCUGCUUUGAGAACAGUUGCCAAGAAUCUCAAGAUGAGUAUUUCCACAGGUGAAAAUAACACAUGCAUGAUGACAGAUCUCAAUAAUGGAAUGAUCAUGUGUGUUGCCUCCACUGUUUACGAAAGUAAACUUGAUGCUACAAUCUUCAAAACAGGUGUCCUGUGUACUGGUACCAUUAUUAAGGUUGUUCCACAAUCCAUGUUCAGAAUUGGUUUGAUUAAUGCCAUGAUGAGAACUAGUUUGGAAAGUGUCAGAAGACAAACUGUUGAAAUUUUGCAAGCCAAGUAUAUGAUUGCUGAGAAGGAUAUCAAAGAUAACAAAGAUAACUUUACAUUAUAUAAUAAGGUAUUCAUUGAGACAGAGGCUAUUUAUAAUGAUUAUAUCAAAGAAGAAUUGAAAAGACAUAAAGCAAAGGAAGAAAACAAGUUAGAAGCAGAACAAUAAAUUAUUGAACACAAGGUUAAUUUUC